ACUUCCCUCAGCUCUUCAAGAGAUCAUACCAGCAGCCAACUAUCAGCCAAGAGACACACUGAAAGCUCACCCGGUGGUAGGCAUUGCACAACUGUAUUUCACAUUGUCAUAGUGUAGCCAGCAUAAGGCACAUGUAAUCCAGGCAGUUACUGCAGCUGUGGACUAUCAGCACAACCCUCUGCGUGGACAGUCAGCCUAGCCGUGACCCUGGAGACAACACGCAAUGCUUCACUCAGCGGGGCUGGAAAAACCAUGGGAGAGGCUCAGCGGGCUCCACCUCCUUUCCUUUUGAGCGCUUUUGUAAACGAAAUGUAAAGCACUGCUUUUCAAGGCGCUCUGCAGUACGCGAACAACCAACUGCACCUCCAGCCUCAAUUGUCGCUAACGGGCACAGAGCGAGAACCAACGGCCGCCGCUCGGGUACCGGAAGGGAUUUUGCGCCCUUCCGCCGCGGGGUCACGUGACGUCCUGUCGGUAACGCAAGAUGGCGGCGCCCAUGUUGCUGCCCGAGUCCCCUCUGGGGAAGCUGAGCCAUCAGAAAUACAGAGCCAUUCUGAAGAAAGAAAAGCGGAAAAAAAAGCGGCAGGCACUUGCCAAACUGAGAGACUCGGAAGCUACAGAAAAAGAUGAAUCAGUGUCUGAGGAGGAAGAGGAGGAGCUCGAAGAAGAGGAAGAUGAGGAAGAGGAAAAAAAACUUGAGGCAGAAAGACAAAAACUACAUGAGCAGUGGUUGCUGAGAGAAGAAAAGGCUCAAGAAGAGUUCAAGCUUAAGAAAGAAAAAGAAGAGGCUGCAAGAAAACGUCAAGAGGAAGAAGAGAGAAAGAUCAAAGAAGAAUGGGAAGAGCAGCAAAGAAAAGAGAGAGAAGUGGCACAGCAGAAGCAACAGGAGAAGAGAGAAAGAGAGGCAGCUGUGCAGAAGAUGUUGGAUCAAGCUGAAAGCCAGCUGGAGAAUGGUGUGACCUGGCAUAACCCAGAGCCCCCAGAGAACAUAGGAACAGAGAAGGAUAGAGCAAAUUGCCCUUUCUAUAUCAAAACAGGUUCCUGCCGAUUUGGAGACAGGUGCUCCCGCAAGCAUAACUAUCCGACAUCCAGUAAGACACUGCUUGUCCGAGGGAUGUUCAUUACUUUUGGCAUGGAGCAGUGUCGAAGGGAUGACUACGACACCGAUGCGAGUCUCGAGUACAGUGACGAGGAGACCUACCAGCAGUUCCUAGAGUUCUACGAGGACGUGCUCCCUGAGUUUCAGAAUGUGGGCAAAGUUGUUCAAUUCAAGGUCAGCUGCAACUAUGAGCCUCACCUCCGAGGAAAUGUGUAUGUCCAGUAUCAGACGGAAAAGGACUGCCAGGCAGCUCUUGCUCUAUUCAGUGGCCGAUGGUACGCAGGCCGGCAGCUUCAUUGUGAAUUUUGUCCUGUGACAAGAUGGAAAACUGCUAUUUGUGGCUUAUUUGAAAGGCAGAAGUGUCCAAGAGGGAAGCACUGCAACUUUCUUCAUGUAUUCAAAAAUCCAAACAAUGAGUUCUGGGAGGCCAAUAGAGACAUACGCGUUUCUCCGGAACGGACUAAUCAGUUGUCUAAAAACUCUGAAAGGAGAAACAGAUCGAGCCAUCGUGAUGACUAUUACGGCCGGUCAAGGAGAAGGGGCAGCCCGAGCCCAGAUCAUUCUUACCGGAGAAAUGGGGAAUCCGAGAGAAAAAAGAAUCGCCGCAAAAACAAGAGAAGGCGCCGGUCUGGCAGGUCAAGGAGUCGAGAAAGGAGGAGGUCACGCAGCAGAGGGAGAAAGAGGAGAGGACGCAGUCGCAGCAGAAGUUACAGUCGAACACGCAGUCGGAGCAGGAGUCGGAGUUCCUCUCGAUCCAGGAGUAGGGGCAGAAAGAGAUCGAGCAGCAGAGGAAGAAAUAGUGAAACUCCCAAAACAAAGUGAGAAAUAAUUUUAGAAAUUGCUAAUUGAUCAAAUGUAGAGCUGACAAAGAAACCUUUCCAAUAGGGCACCAGAUUCGUUUGAGUCGCAAAUAAAGUGUUCUUGCACAUCAAAAUGUUUCUUCCUAAUAAAGGACCCUAGUUUACUGUGUGCUAAGCUUCAGAAAGUUAAAAGUCCUAUAUAAGGUGUAAAUGUCAAGUACUCUAGCUACUCUGUCCCUCCGAACUACUGCAACACAUGGAUGCAUACCGAGUACAAAAUAGAAAGAAGUAAAGCUUUUUUGGUAUAUGCUUAUGCCUGUGUUAUGUGUGUGUUAAGUGUUUACUGUCCCUGUAAGGAGUUAGUACAGAACAGCUAGUGUGCUGUAAAUUUGCACGACAGCAUACUGCAAAUUGAAGUCUGUGUAAAAGAGAGCCAUUUAUGUUUACCGAAUGUUUAUGGGAAUUUUCGUUCUAGACAAAGUAAUAUAAUCAUCUUAUGCUUGGAGAAAAGGGAUCUAAAAAGACUUCACAGUUUGAUUGUACAAUAGUUGCCCAGUAGAAGCUUUGUGGUCAUAAGUGUUGGAUUUUUUUCUCUCCCAUGACUGAGCUGCUGAGCUAAUUGCCUGUAGGGAUUGCAGUAGACUAAAACCAAGUAGGAAGUACACAAAAAAAAAAAAAAAUCAACCAACUUAUUCAGUACCUUAAUCCCCAAGUAAAAGGGGAGACCGUGCACUUGUAAUCCUGGACUGAAGACAGAAAAUAGUUUGCAUACCUCUUAGUUGCAUGCCAUUUGUAGCUGAAAACCACCUGCCUAACCUACGGUGGAGUGGUAGGAAAAUGUAAAUCUGGUCACUAAACAGGCAGAUGUAGUUGUAAAGGCUCAAGAUGACCGCAGAGAUGUUGCAGAGUGGCUAAAGGAACUGAAAGGUUUAUACCUGAAAUCAUACUUCAGGGUUUGUUUGUUUCUUUUCUGAGAUGAGGACUUGAUUUGAAGCCCUUUUUAGGCUUGUAUUACAAGCAGUUUAAGGCACCCUACUGCCUAGCUCCCCUACAGCCAGGGCGGAGAGUAGGGUACAUAAAAAUGAAGUUAUCAGGAUAAAGCUUUCUUGAAAUGACAGCUGUGUUAGCAAAGUACUUGCAAUUAGCAAAGUCCUUAUAAAUAUCUCUCUUUUAAAUGAAAGAUUUGUGCUGUUAAAUGGACUGUACUUCACCCGGUUUAUCUAUAGGUAUUUAACUUAGGCACUUAAGGCAUCUGUACGUACGCGGAGAGAGCAGUUUGUGGUACGUAAGGUGCAGGUGCCCUGAACUGUGCGCAGAGAUACCUCCCUCUCUUCAGCCUCUCCAGAGAAUUUGGGACUCCUGCCUUCAGGGGACGGUUCCAAGAAGCCUAAAGUCGGCAUGAAAUGCUCCCAAAUAGAUCUUUGUGGUGAUUCAGCAGUACAACGUAAAGUCCCAUCAAAAAUCUGGACAUCCAAACUCACUAUAGCAUUCCUCACAGCAUUUUUUUUUUUCCAAGAUAGUUAAGAGUGGAUGAACAUUGCUUCUGGUUAUUAUAUAUAUAUAUACAUAUAUAUAUAUAAUUAUUUUUUUCUUUUCUAAAUGCGUAUUGCACCUAGCAUGCUGAUGAUACUUUUUUCUUCUUUCAUGUAUAACAACUGUUGUCCGCUAUGGAGUAACACAACGAAAGUGUUAUAUAUUGUGGUUCAGUUCAAACCCAACUUCCACUAUAUAUUGUCAUAACUGUAGGCAGAACGGUAGCUUAGUUAAUUUGAUUAGAUGCUUUAGUUAUUAACAGAUAUAGAAAUUGUAAUCUAAUAGCAGAACUUUUGAAGUAAUUAUAACUUCACCCGAAAGGCCUAUUUCAAUGGACAGCACUAAGUUUUAAAUUAUAUUUUGAGAAAUUUGUGACAACCGGUUUCUCAUGGCGUAUCUUUUCUGACUAAACCGUACAGAUUUUUCCCCAGGGUUUCUCUUUUCUCAUGGAUGCUCACUUGUCUAGUUGGGGUACUUAUGCUGAGCGUGGCAAACUCAUGCAGCUGAACUGGCGUUUCCCGCUUGCUGCGAUGCAUCGCUAACGGGCCACUUAGAUCCUCACGUCACUGGUGCUGCCUUGCUUCCCACAACCGGCUUUCUGGUGGACCAGCCUGCUGCUUGAGGCUCUUGGGUAGAAAAGCAGAUUUAUGGUAGCUGUAGUGUGCUGUAUAGCCCGUGUCAUGUGGCAGGCUGUUGCUGAGGAUUAUCUUGAGGGAAAUAAACGACCAAGCUCGACCAGAAGCGAGACGGGUGUGGUGGGAUGCUGAUUUUGUGACAUCUGUGACAAGCCGGGUGAAAUAAGUGAAGCGGACCUCUGUAGGAUUAGAAACCGUGGGCCAACUAAAACCCACGUGAGAAUUCCACAGGUAAUAAGGCUCCUUGUCCCCACGGUUUUGUAAUGGGAUCUGGGAAGCUGAGCAGCUGUAUUUUUUUUUUUUUAAAGAAAAGUUCUUAUAAUAAAAAAAAAAAACUUGCUCAGAGAUGCAUGUAACAUUUAAAUGUGCUUUAUUUCUGCUACUCCAAUGGCUGAACCUUCAGCUUUUUUUCUUGGGAUCUGGAUCCAAACUUUCUGGCUGUACCUGUGCGCUGUAGGACUGGUAGCUGUAACUAUUCAGUUUCACGUGCCGUCUGCUUAUUACACUGAAACAAGUGCUGCAGAUCUGACAUUUUGUUUGCUUUUGGUAGCAUGAAACCUGGAAUUCAACCGGUUUUCAAACUUAAGAGUUCAUCUAUUUCAGUGUUGUUUUCCCUAUUUCAUAAUCUUAAGUAGUGUCGUAUGCAUGGUUUUGUUUCCUUAUUAGCCGAGCGAGCUAUUUAUUCUGAAGAGACAAGGCAACUGAAAUUCCUAAACGUUAAGCUUCUUUUUCCAAAGGGGAAAAGCCCAGAAGAAUGCAGGAUGGAUUUAGAUUUGCAAGGAAUAGCUUGUUCCCACUUUGCGCUAUUCUGCGUAAUCCACGUAGGAGGACCACGUAAAGUGAAUUAACAGCAGUCGAGUUUUAUGUGUGCUUUUAUUUUUUGAAUGGCUGCUUAAAGCAGUGGCUUUCGAACUUGAUUAUGAAGUUUGUAAGUAUCACUAAAGCGCUUUGGAUUUUGAUUACGAAAGCAUUAUUUACAGAAGAGCUGCAAGAAGGGGGUUAGGGGAGCAGCAAGGCCCUCCUGGCAGGGCUGGCCAGCUGAGGAGGUCAGGAUGGGGAGCAGGCGCUGCUCUGACUGUUCUCCUGUGGAAGGAGUAAGGUCACGGAGAAGGAAAUGGAAUGUGAAAGUCCAACUACUUCAUAGAACUCAUCCAACUCCAGGUGCUUACCCAAAAUGUUUCAAGACAGUAAGAGCAGGUUUCCUGCAGCAGAAGGGAAUGCUGCUAAGAGGGGGCAGGGGCUACUUUAAGCACCAGCAGUAUGACUACCCAGUGGCACUUGAGCACCUGGGAAAGCAGCAUGCCUUCGGCUUUGUGCUGGUGACUGCUCUGAAGUCAUUUUCCUUCCCAGCACGGUUGCCACACUUGCUGAGUAGCCAUUAUCACAUGGGUGGCAGGAGGACUUGCCCAUGCUCACAUGCUGAAUGCAAGGCAUCCAUUUUUGUGAGGAGGCAACAAGCACGGAUGAAGGUCUUUCCCUUGUUGAUGGAAACAGACAGUCUGAAAUGUAUUCUAAGUAACUUUUUCAGCUUCACAUCCUUCAAUAGGAUGUCUUUCUGAGAUUUGGCUGUGCAUUACCACAUUCAGUGUACUUAAAUACCUGUACCAGUAGCAGCAUCCUUGGGCUGCACAAAGUAAUGGCUUUCAGAAGAAAUGCAAGAGCCUGCUCAGAGAUGCUCUUACUUCCUGCCCUGAAUCAGCACUUCUUACAGAAUGUGAAAGUCUACGCUAGUCAAAAAAUUAAAUGAUAUAGGAACGUAAAUUAUGCUUUUAAAGAGUGCCACUGAUUUUUGCUUUCACUGUUAAGCUUGCUGUAAUUAAAAUAACACCCUAUUA